AUGAAAAGCAGAGAGGAAGAGGAGGAGGAGGAGGAGGAGUUUGUGGAGGUGCCUGAGAAGGAGGGCUUUGAGCCGCAGAUCCCAGACCACCUUCGGGAAGAAUAUGGCCUGGAACCUGUCUUGCCCACAAGAAAAAGUGCGGUAGGAACUGGGAAGAACCAAGCGGUGCCGAUGAUGUCUCCGUUCUUAUCCCAAUCUGUGGUGGAGGAAGAGCUGGAUCCAACCUCUGCUGCAGCCACGUGGAAAGUUAUCCGAGAUAAACUGCCCAGACUGCCCACUGCAGAGGACAAGGAUUGCGAACCGACAACAUCCAAGGAGGCCAACAGUCAACGUGAAGAAGAGAAAGCCAAAGCACCUCUGGUGCCUUUUGGGAUCGACCUGUUCUACUGGGGCCAGGAGCAGCCAACAUCUGGAAAGAUCCUCAGGUUUUCUUCUCAGCAUCGCUUCUGGGCACCGAGCGAAGUCGAUGAAGAAGUAGAAAACAAAGAGCUUUCAGAGAUGCUCAAAAGUCGGUACAUCACCUACGCUGGCAAAUUUGAACCCGUGACACACAAGUGCCGGGCCCCGAUGCCCAACGGAAGCCUUUGCGAAAGGCAGGAUAGGUUUAAGUGCCCUUUUCACGGAAAAAUAGUUCCUCGCGAUGAAUCCGGGAACCCGCUCAGUCAAGAGGACAGAGAGAGAGAAGCGAAGGAGCAGUUUGAGAAGAAAGAACGGCACCCAGAAUGGCAGGAUCCCGACUUCAUGAGAGAAGUGGAAGCCGCUACCGGCGUCGAUCUUGGCUCUUCUCAGUACGACAGGAAAGCAAAAGGGGGGAAGAAGAGAGGGAAGGCAAAGAAGAAAUAUCCCAACCUCACAGAUCUAAAGCAAAAGGCGAACACAUCCCGUUCCCGUCUCGGGAAAAAGGUUUUCAACAAAGGCGCAGUGAAGCGAAUCGUCAAAGCGAUGAAUCGGAUCGACCAGCGGAAGCACGAAAAAUUUGCAAACCAGUUCAACUACGCGCUGAAUUGAACGUCGCCAAGAGCAAGACUUAAGAAA